AUGGUCAACGCCCCUACCGCAGAACCUACAACAUCGCAGAAACGGAAGCGCAGCAGCAGCAGCAGCGCAGCAAUGAAGGGCACCGAAGACGCUGCCGCAGACGCUGCGGGCGAGAAGCGGAAAAUGGUCUGGGACCAGAUCACGAAGGACCUUGCGGUGGUGCUUAAGGAACACGACACCCACCCCUCCGUACUCACAACCACGAUCCCCCCCGCCGACACCACCGCCGCCCCCCCCUCCUCCGACGGCACCCCACCCAUCAAACGCGCCAAGCUCUCCUCCCACCCGCCCACCAUCGCCGAGCGCCUCGCAGCAGGAACCUACACCACGCCCGCCGCGCUCCUCACCGACAUCGCCGCCGUCUGCCGCGCCCUCGACGCGCCCACGCGCCCCUUCCAGGACCUCGCGCAGACGCUCGUCACGCGCGAGUGUGCCCGGCGCCCCGACAUCUUCACUGGCGCGCACCUCCCGCCGGCCGCCACCGCGGCCGCCGACCGCGAGAAACUCGCGUUGAUGGUCAUGGCCCACCACGGGCCCUUGUUCUCGUCGCUGCAGAACGCAACUGAGGUUCCCGUCCUCGCCGCAGAGCGCCUCUCACGCUCCUCGUCGGCCUCCGAGUCGCCCGCGGCCUCGACGGCGCCCACGUCGACCUGCGCGUCGCCAAAGAACGGGCCAACAAAGGUCGUGCGCGUGGUGGCGCCGCUGAACGAGGCCGCGCUGCCGCCGCUCAUCAGCACCGUCAAGGCGGCCUCGAACCCGCUGAAGCGCGAGGCGCCCGAGGCCGAGAAGGUGCCGACGCUGGGCGAGGCGUUUCCGCCGGUCAGGAUCAGCUCGCUGGCGCCGCCGAAGGCCGGUGCGGUGGGCGUCGUGGGGCUCAAGUGGGGGGGUGUGAUGGGGCCUGGCGGGGUUGCGGUCGUGAAUGGCGCGAGUGCGCGCGCGGAGCCGGCCGGCGAGUGGCUGCUGUAUCGGAACCAUCCGCCGCGGACGGCGAAGUGGCGGGCGCUGGCGCGCGGGGAGCCGGUGCGGCAGGGGAUGGGGCUGCCGGCGGAGGUGGUGGCGGCGUACUCGAGCUUUGCGCCGGCGAGGGAUGAUGCGGGGGCGAAGGUGCCGGCGGGGGUCAGGGGAAGGGUGUGGUGGGAGAGGGUGGGGAGGGAGGUGUUUAGAGAGGUGUUUGAGGGCCAUCCGGGCGUGGGCCAUAUGUUUAGGGAGGAGGAGGAGGAGGAGGAGGAGGGGGAGGAGGCGAAGAGGCCGGAUGGGGAUGUCGAGAUGGCGGAGGCGGCGGUGGACGACGAGGAGGAGCAGUUCAGGAAGGCUGUGGAGAGCUUUGAGCCUGAUGAGGACGUCCCGGCUGAUUUCCGGCUGCUGGAGGGCGCGGAGGGCGCGGCGGAGAAGAAGGAGGAGGACGAGGCCGUGGAGGUCGCGGGCGUCAAUGCCGACGAGACGCUCAAGGAGAUCUCGAACCUGCUGAAGCGGCUGCAGAGCCACCAAUACAUCCGCCUCUCCACCGCACCGACCCUACCCGCCCCGCGCAUCACAACCACCGGCACCCCGUCCGCUGCCCCUGCGCCCCCAGCACCAACAACACCCGACACGCCCGCCACGCCCACCGCCGAGGAACUCACGCUCUACAACGACAUCCACACGCGCCUCACGCACCUCAUAUCCACCCUCCCCCCGCACGCAACCGCAACCGCCGACGGCACCCCCACCGCCCCGCUCACCAUCUCCCCGCUGCACCCCCUCUCCUCCGGAACCCCAGUCUACACCGGCACCCUCCCCUCAACCCCCCCCCCCGCGCCCCCCGCGGCCGCACUGGCAGCCCUCAACGCCGCAGUCGGCAUGUCCCCGUCCUCGUCCUCCCCCGCGCCCAUCGCCAUGAUGGCGCGCACCAACGUGCCGCCGCCGCGCCUCCAGGGCGCACCAAACGUCCAGACAUACUACACGCCGCAGCAGUACCAUGGCCACCAGAUGCCCGCCGCCACGCUGCCCCACCACUACCCGAGCCCGUAUGCGCCGCCGCCGCCGAGAGUGGUGAGUCCGGGCGUGAGUCGGGUGGGACAGCCGAUGUUCCAUGCGCAUAGUAUGCCGGCGGCGACGCCGACGAGGAGGGUCAAUGUGCCGCCGCCGAUGGGGCUGGCGGCGAUUGGCGCGGGGUAUGGGGGGGCGUAUGGGGGGAGUCCGGUGCAGGGAGGAGUGGUGGUGGGAGGAGGAGGGCAGGGGCAGAGGGGCGUGGAUGGGUUGAGGAUGGGCGUGCAGCAUACGCAGGCGAGUAUGGAGAAUGGGACGGUGCCGGGGGGGAGGUAUGCGGGUAGGAGUAGGAGGUAG